AUCUCAGAAAUGGGAGCUAGGGUUCGAGUGCAGCAUUACAAUUUGGGAUCAGCUGAUUCCUACAUCGGUACUUCUCUUCACGAUCUCAACUCCGUUGAUGGUCCGUCGAGAGAUAUCGACGGUAUCAGAGGCUCCGGUGGCGGCGAAAGUUUGGAUAAUGACGGCGAUUCCUCUUCUGCGGACUGUAUGCAUGAAUCGUACAGAAACUCUAUGCAAAUCCACAAUGAAGGAGUAGAAGAAGGUGGAUCUAACAUGGAGAACAAAGGACCUGUAGGAUCUGCUUACAUUAUGUUAAACAUUGAAGAUGUUUCACCGAUUGAAGCAGCACGAGGGAGAUUUCUGCAAAUAAUCUUGGACUACUUUAUUAGCCAGCAUGUGAUUGAAGUAUGUGAUAACAAGCGUGAUCAUGAAACGGAUUCAGGAGGACGGGAUAAUAGUAAUAAAGUGAAGAGGAAGUCGGAUGAUACACGAUAUGAAGGUGAUCCGAGUUUUGCGUUACCGUUGAUGUAUAUUGCAAAUUUGUAUGAGACUUUAGUUGGUGAAGCAAAUGUGAGGCUUGCUUCAUUGAAUGGAAUAAGAGAUAAGACUAUUGGAGUAGCUCUUGAAGCAGCUGGUGGCUUGUAUAGGAAAUUAACUAAGAAGUUUCCUAAGAAAGGCACUUGCAUGUACAGGAGAAGAGAACUAGCAACUUCGGUUGAAACAAGGACAAGAUUUCCAGAAUUGGUAAUACAUGAAGAGAAACGAGUUCGCUUUGUGGUGGUCAAUGGUUUGGAUAUUGUUGAAAAGCCAGAUGAUUUGCCUAUUGAAGAUGCUGAAUGGUUUAAGCGACUAACAGGCCGUAAUGAAGUGGCUAUCUCUGCAAGAGACUAUAAAUUCUAUUGCCCUCGACGCAAGCAUAGGCGUCUUCAAAAUUCUGUCUCCAGCAUCCAUGGCUUGCCGACAUUUCCAAGUAUAGACUCUUCAACGUUAGCUAGUACACAAGGAUUUCGCUCCGUUAAUGAAGAUCAAAGUCAACAACAACACACUCCUUCUCCUUCCAAACAUCACAUGUCAUCUUUGUCUCAUCAAUUUCACCAAUCUAUUAACCAGAGCCACCACCACCAUCAAUCUAUUUACCAAAAUCAACACGCAGCCACACAUUUUCCCGGUCAGAACCAUCAAUGUGACCCUGAACUAUCUCACACCCACCAGUCACCAUCUAUUUCACAUCACAUGGCUUGCUUGCAACCCCUCACUGGAGGCCAUGUAAUGCCAAAUAGUCCGGCGAAAUUUUGUGACCAAUGUGGAGCACAGUACUUGAGAGAGACAUCUAAAUUCUGCUCAGAGUGUGGUUCCAAGAGACUCGGAGUAUAGUAAAGAGAGACAAAUCAUUGCUCUCGUCUCGGUUUGGAAUUUCGUUUAAGGCACAAAUUUACAAGAAGUUUAGUGUUUCAGGUUGGUGAAAUCUGAGCUAGUAUAUUUAUUUGGCCUGGAAGUAGUUAACCUAAUUAUGUGUGUUCUUAAUCUUGAUUAAAGCAGAUGUGUUAAC